GUGGAAAAACCACUGGGUUAAAAAAAACAUAUAUGGGAAGAUUGUCUGGUAUCAGCGUCACCUUGUAUGACAGACAAAAUUUACAGAUCAGUGGUGAAGUUGUAUACCAGGUGUGUGUAGGUAUAAAUAGAUAGACCAGGCUACGUACCACUUAGUUGUACCUCACAGCUAUGGCGACACAAGAAGUACAGGUGAACGUCCCAGUGCUGGAGAAGACACAUUUCGAGUUUGAUGAGGUACCCAUUGGGAGAGGAGGAUUUGGUACUGUGUACAGAGCCAAGCAUAAAGACUAUGGAAUAGUGGCAGUGAAAACUCUCAUUGACAAUGGAAUGCUGCCCCAGAAGCAUAUCCGAGUACUGACCAAGGAAGCAAGGAAACUUGCACAAGUCUGUGGCCACCCGUCCAUACUGAAACUCUUAGGAACUAUUAUGGAAAAAGACAAUUAUUCUCUAAUUCUUGAGUAUAUGGCACUUGGGAGCAUAGUAGAAUUCCGUAAGGAGUUCAAAGUUCAGUGGCCUGUACUCUCUAGAAUAUUGACAGACAUUGCUUCAGGAAUGGAGUACCUACAUUCCCAUGAUCCACAAAUUCUUCACCUGGAUCUGAAGGGAGAUAAUAUUUUACUUAAUGGACAGAUCCGUGCUAAGAUAGCAGAUUUUGGCUUGUCAGAAUGGAGGACCAUCACCAUGACCGUGACAAGAGGGACAGAGGCAAGCAGUGGCAGGAGAUGUACAGUUAGCCAUGUACCUCCUGAGGUCUGGUCCAAUGUGAACCUACCAUCCAGUACUCACUUUGAUAUCUAUGGAUUUGGCAUAGUGCUUUGGGAAAUGCUCAGUGAUGGACUUCUUUACAGAGGUGCAUCAGAUGACUUGAUACGGUCAGCUGUCUUGAGUGGACAACGUCCAGACACUUCACAAAUCCCAAAAGACUGUUGCCCAAAGUUUAUGCAGCUGAUGACCAGGUGCUGGCAUCAGAAGCCAGCUCAGCGUCCAGCAUUCACAGUGAUAAAAAGAGAUGUUGAUGCCAUUUACAGUGACCUGUAUGAAAAAGAUAUUGUGAAAGCAUUGAAGAAUAUAAGGUCUGAGAUAGUAGCUGAUUAUAAACAUGAUGAUCCAGUGUACACUCAGACUGCUGACAUCGACAACAUGCAAAUUCCAACAUUUGUUCUCCCAAAGUUACCAGUGGCAUCAAAACAGGAAAUACCCGUCUGUAAGAACACUUCCAUACCAUCGACCUCGAGUCAUUCAUCACCUGCCGUGGCUUCGAGUAGCAAGUCGGAUGUUAAUAUUGACACAACUGCAGCAGAGGAGGAUGACACCCCAGUCAAUGUGAAGUUGUUUAAAGUUGAUGGAGACUUAGACACAAAAGAGAGGAUGAUGAGGAAGAUCAUUCACAAUCCUGUUGCAAUGAGACUUGUGCAUUCACCAUAUGCUAAAGAAAUAUUCCGUGUAACUGACGAUGUAAUAAGUGAUUUAAAAAACCCAAAGAAAGUCGAACGUAUGAUUCAGAGUGAUUUGGCUUUGCAGUGGGAAUUGCAGUUUUCAAAAUUUGAUAUCAGGCGAGAGUUGUCUGGUUUUAAUUCUGAAAAGCUUAAUCUGAAUAACAUACUAUACAACCAGGUUUAUAAAGACGUCCUUCACCAUGAUCGUAGUAGCUCAUUUCGUUCCAGUACAAGGUACUCCACCACAGGACAGCAGAAGCGUGAGAGACGGAGAGAUCGUGUGUCUGAAACAAUGAAUAAAAACCCACAUGUAGGUGGCUACAACUCCUCAGGAAACUACUAUCGCCUGAAGAAAGCAUUGGAGAACCCAGCCCAGCUAAGACAAGCUAUGAAGGACAGGGAAAAAGGCACAACUGGUUCCUCUUUAAUCACCAUAGACAAUGAAAUCUUUGAUCUGAUGAAGGAUCCCUAUCUCCUGGUUGGUGUGCUGUACCAGGAGACAGACCUGCUGUACAAGUUAUCAAAUAACUACCCAGACUUGUUUCUGAAGAUGUUACAGGAUCUUCAUGGCUACUCCAUGUACACAACAUGUAGCAAUUCAAACCAAUACAAGGACCGCAUGCACAUGAUGGAAAUGAUGCGUUACAUGGACAAGGACAUGAUACAUGGGCCUGAGGACCUAAUGAUGAUGAUGGAGAUGGCUGGACCAAGAAUGCGGAAGGCCAUGCAACGACAUCCGAGGUACAACAUGGACAGUGACGAGGAGGAUAUACCUAUGAUGAUGAGAGAAAUGAUGAUGAUGGGACAGAUGAAUCCACGUCAAAUGGACGAAAUGAGAAGGAUGAUGGGUCCAAUGCACAGGAUGGAUCGGGAACGAAUGAGAAGACGAGAAGAAAUGAGAAAGAUGUCAAGAACAGAGACCAAACCUAAAUCUUCACCUGAAGCUUCAUCAUCAAGCUCUUCUAUGCAAAAAGUUAAAAAAACAAGCCUUGAUAGUGAUAUGCUGGAUGCAGAUGGUCCGAAGUCUGACUCCCUAGAGACAGAUGCAGCCCCACCUCCUGAGAGAGUUCAGGGUACUGCUGAUAUUGUUCCUGCUGCAACAGCAAAGCCAGCAGUUCAAGGAUCAGCAACACCAGGCCAUGCUAAAGCACAAGGAUUCAGCAGUGUCACCAAGCCAAGUAAUAAUGUGAUUAGCAGUAGUACACAUGCAACCCCAGCUGUUGUAACAGAAGGCAACAAUGUCUCAGGCCUUGGAUCUGCAUCAACAUCAUCAGUGUCAGCAUCAGUAGAGCCAAUGGACAUAGAUCCCUUCCCAUCUCUGAUAACUCUACAGGAUAGUAUUCCAGGACAGAGCUACUCAUCUAAUACAAGCCUGAAGAAAAUUCAUUCUCCCACCAGUCCUAGUGCAGCUUCAGGACCAAGCACAAUCACCUCUGACUCCACUGCACUUGAAAGCGUAAAAUCAUCUGCCUCUGAGGCCCCUGGGAGCCGCAAUACCACAGAGACGCAAGUACGUCCACGACCCAAUGUUUUCAACACUACCCCACCACCAACUGGGCCAAAAAAGAAAAAAAUUACUUAUAAUGAAGGCCCUGAUGAUAUCACUAUGGAUGCUAACCCCAGUUUGGAGACUGUGCCUGCCUUUACCAGCCAUGAGAAGACUUACUCAAGAGACGGAAAAACUGUCACUAUUCUUGAUGAACGGCCAGGAUGUUCCACAAAGAUCACAAUGCCCGCAGAGCAAGGAAAAAACCAACCAAAUAUUCAAAUUGGGAACAAGAAUUUGAUGGUUGUAAAUCAAGGGAGAAGUAAAUCAAAGGUGCCAGAUAAAAAACAAAUACCAGCCAAAUUAACGGAAUCAACAAGAAAAGUCACAGCGGAUGACUUAGAUAUUGUUGCUGAAAACAUUGGUUCUAGUACACGUGAAUUGGCGAAACAACUCAAAAUAACCCCUGCUGCUAUGGAUCAUAUUCAAAAUGACUAUAAAAGUGAAGGAACCUAUGAAGUUUGUUACCAGAUGUUAAUGAAAUGGGCGAGAACAGCUGUUAGUGGGGCAACUGUUGCCAACCUAGCCCAGGCAAUAAGCAGGAUUGGAAGAAAUGACAUAGCUAAUAAGCUUGAGUAAUGUCUGUGAUAACUUAAUUUUUUAUAUCAGCAGAGUGUCAUCAACUUGUGAGUACAUGGGCAAUGAUUCGGUCGUUGUCCUGCUGGUACACACUGCCACUAUACACCUGCUAGAUAUAUAUGUAUUGUAUUAAUGCAAUGCUUAUUAACAGUUGUGUUUCAGCUUGUGUAAUUGUAUGCCAGAACUGCAUUGAAUAAUCUGACUGUUAGCUCCUGCCUGAAAGGCAACUGAACAUAUGCUGUGGCGCAGCACCCAUCAGUCGUCCAUCCAUCAUCAACAUUUCCCUUUAAAAGACUUCUCCUUUAUAACCAAAAGUCUUAGAGUACAGAUAUUGGCAUAUAGCAUGCUGGGAUGUAGGGCUACAUAGUGGGUUCAAAUUAAUGACAUUGUACCACUUUCAAGGUCACAGGAGUCAAAUGUGUUUAAAUCUUUAAAUAACUCAUUGAUAACCGAAAGACCAAUUGUUCUGAUAUAAGCCUAUAGCAUGUAUGGAUGAAAGGCUACCAAGUUAGGUCAAAUGAAUGACCUUGUACCACUUUCAAGGUCACAGGAGUCAGACGUGUGUUAAGAAUUUUAUAUUUUUUCUUUCAAUUACCAAUUGAAAACAGUCAUUGUAUUGGUGUAGUGGAGAAUGUGCCUCCAGGUAUCUGACUUUACAAGUCAUCUUUGUAAGUAGUGCAGGUGAAUGAUUCAGGCCCAUUCUUGUGAUAUGAACUUUCCUUAUCAUUGUCAGAGCUAUGUGUACAUGACCAUGAAACGCCUGGUAGAAUAAACUUAAUUGGUACUGGUGAAGCAAAAAUAAUGUGUUAAUAAUUUGAUAAACAGAAAUUUUACUAACCAUUUGUUUAAAACUUUAUGUUGAGCUGUGGUACUGCAGAAGAAUGUACUGUUUUGUAUUUCACAAGCUAUGACUUGUAAAUAUAAUGUCACAAAAUACAUUAUCCUUCUGAUGAAGGCAAGAUUAUGGCUUGUCAAUGAAAUGAUGUCUUUUUAGUUUCUUUAUAUUAAUUAAGGAAUUUAUUAGUUUCUGUAGAUUGAUUGGCAGUGAUUUAUUUUACUACCCAGACAACCAUUUGUGGAGGAAAUGUUGCUGCAGUAGUACAUUUCAAUUUACUAUGAUAUUGCAGUGUGAAAAACUAAAAAAUAAAUAAUUCUAGAUUUUA